ACUAAUUGCGCAUGUCAAUACAGUGUGGCGCUUACAGCUUUGCCACCCGGUCCCUGUGACGCUUCCUAUUUCUUGUCAACCUCGGUACAAAAUGGUCGAUAACCAAUAUAACGGGUACGAUGGCGGUAAUUAUGGCGAUUACUCUCAGCCGCCUCCAUCAACCGCUUACCCUGGUACUUACGGGAAUAAUCCUUCGGGGGCAAACGCUCCUUAUGGAGGAAAUCAAGGAAAUGUAGGCGGUUCUGGUGGUAAUUCUGGAUGGGGACAAAACCGAAACAGCGGAAGUGGCGGCGGUGGAGGGUAUGGAGGAAACUCUGGAGGAGGAGGAGGUGGAUACGGUAAUCAAGGAGGUGGUGGAGGUGGAUAUGGCUCUGGAGGAGGAGGUGGUGGUUAUGGCGGUGGUGGAGGAGGAAAUUAUGGCGGAAAUGGAGGAGGGGGUGGUGGAGGUUAUGGAGGUGGUUCAGGUGGAUAUGGAGGUCGUGGAGGUGGUGGUGAUUAUGGUGGUAGAGAAGAUAGACGAGGAGGAGGUGGUGGAUUUGGCGGUGGCGGAAGGGGUGGUUAUAACAAAGGCUCUGGUGAGAUGGUCGUUCAAGAAGACACUGUUUUUGUAUCUGGAAUGGACACUGAAAUCAAUGAAGAGGAAAUUGCUGAUUAUUUUGGAUCCAUUGGUGUCAUCAAGAUUGAUAAGAAGACUUCAAAACGUAAGAUUUGGUUAUACAAAGACAAAGCUACCGGAGUUUCUAAAGGCGAAGCAACGGUCACUUAUGAUGAUUCAAAUGCCGCUCGUUCCGCUAUUAAUUGGUUCGAUGGUAAAGAAUUUCGAGGAAGAAAAAUAAGCGUCCAAAUGGCCACGAAAAGGGAUAAUUGGAGUGGUGGUAGAGGUGGAAGAGGACGUGGUGGCGGCGGACCUGGCGGUUAUGGCGGUGGUGGAAGAUCCGGCGGAGGAGGAGGAGGAGGUGGUGGCGGAAGAGACAGUAUGGGUGGUGGAGGAGGUGGCGGAGGUCGUGAUCGUGAAUCCCGCGAAGGCGACUGGAGAUGUCCCAACCCUGACUGUGGCAACACAAAUUUCGCCUGGAGAAAUCAAUGCAAUAGAUGUAAUGAAUCCAAACCUGAAGGAGCUGGGGGCGGAGGUGGAGGAGACGAUAGAAGAGGAGGUGGUGGAGGCCGCGAUAGGCGAGAUGGCGGUGGAAGAGGUGGUGGAGGUGGAUUUAGAGGUGAUCGAGGAAGGGGUGGUGAUAGAGGAGGUUAUGGUCGUGGUGGACCAAGAGGAGGUGGUGGAAGAGGCGGUUUCGGUGGAGGUCGAGGGGGAGGAAGAGAUGGAGGCGGUGGACGUGAUAGAUCAAGACCUUAUUAAAUUAUCAAAUUUAAACAGCAAGGCCGCAAUAUAUACUACAACGUUGAGUUCUUGUUUGCGUUUAUUAGUUUCUAAGUUAUUUAACUUGAAAGGAACUGUUUAGAGCUAACAAAAAAGAAACUUAGUUUACAACUACACGUAUUUAUGUAAAUUGACUUGACUGUGGAAGUUUAAUGGUGUAAAACGAAAUCUCUUCGAAUGUUGUAAAUAGAAGAGCACAGUGCUUAGUGUACAAAAAAAAUUUGCCAUUUUCACCUUCCAUUUGUUAUUUUUAUAUGAUGUUUAUUUGUAAAAUAAUUCGGAUAAGAAAAUUGUAUUUUGAAAAUAACCUUCUUGUGGAGGUGUUAAUUAAUGCAUGUUUUUCAUUUUGAGAUUUAUAGUAUUAAGAAUUCCAAUAAAAUAAUAAAGACGUUUAACGUAA